AUGAUUGGCAAUGGAAUCGAUGUGACAGCUUUGUUCAAGAAGUGCUUCGAGAACAAGAUGCUGAAUGUACUGGCCAUAGGGAAUUGGAGUCUGGAACAAAUAUACAGUUAUCGUGCGUUUCCGGAAUUCAAACUUAUCCUGCGAAACGUUGAUCAGAUCGAACGCUACUUCGAGCCACAACUGAAGGAUAUGGGUGGCUAUCCUAUCACCACGAUAUCGGACAAUAUAUACCCACGAAGUGUUAUAUACAAGGAUAGAGAUGGAUCCUACCAACUAACGGGCUAUCUGGCGCCCUUUGUUGAGAACUUUGCCAGAACCUUAAAUGCAACUCUUCAAUUUUACUGGGAGCAUAGACCUGAGGAGAAUGAAAUAGUUAGCUUAAGUUUACUAAUGCAAUCGUUGCAAACUGGAAAAGUGGAUAUACCCUCGUUCAUGGUAAACCUCGGCUUCACUCCCAGUUAUCAAAAUUAUAGCCAUGUCCUGGAGCUAUCGAGGUGGCAGGUAAUGCUGCCUGUUGAGUCGCAGAUGAGUCGCGCCGAGCUCGUCCUGUGUGGAGGAUCUAAGUUCCUCAAUUUGGGUAUCUUCAUUGUAAUGGCCAUCUACGCCUUGGUAAUUCACAACAUACGUCGCUUCGAGCAGGGCCUGGCACCCAGCAUCAUGUGCUUCUGGGUCAUCUAUGAUCCCGUGCUAAGAGCCAUACUUUGUCAAACGUUUUUGAUGCCGCGACUUUCCAGUUUGCUUCUCAGGUGGAUAUUCGCAGUGCUGCUGAUUGGCAGUUUUAUAUUAUACAACCAUUACUUAACGAAUCUGGAGACGCUAUUGGUGCAUCCGCCUUUCGAUCCACCGAUACGCAGUUAUCAGGAUAUGCGCAGAGCAGGACUCAAGCUGAUGCUAACAGGAGGCGACCAGUCGGCCAUUAUCUUUGCUCUAGGCCAGCGUGAUUUUGACGCCAAUGAGGAUAUUUAUGAGGUGGUAAACAGUUCGUUUCUUCAGACCAUGCGCAGUCUGCCAAACACUUCUUAUGCCUAUCCAAUAACCCAAACGCUCUGGCCCCAUAUCAAGAUGAAGUUCGCCAGGCAGCAACAGGCCAGCUUUCGCCUUUCCGACGAAAUGACACUCAUAAUGUCUGUGGCCUUUGGUAUGCCCUUACCCUCCGACUCCAUCUACAGGCCGUCCCUCAAUCGCUAUAUUCUAAAUGUUCAUGCCAGCGGCCUGCAAGCCUACUGGCGCACUCGCUCCUUUUAUGAGCUCGUUUCGAUUGGCAAAACUAAGCAGCUGCCCUACAAGGACAUCUCGAACAACUUGCAUCUGCGCUGGGACGAUCUCUACUAUCAUUGGCUGAUCUACGUUUUCAAUGUCAAUGUUUGUCUGCUAGCCUUUGUUGCUGAGCUCGUUGCUUAUGCCACAGAGCGCUGGAGGCAGGCUUAA